AUGGCAGCCAGCGCUUCCCACUGGCGCAGCUACCUCGAGGUGCUUGUGUCCCGCAAGAGGCAGCGGCUGGAGCAUUUCCAGCAGGCUGAGGACAUCCUGCUGACCCUGCUGGAGGUUGUCCACGCCACGGAGCCCCGCUUCCUUGUGGACUAUGCCAGGAACCUGGAAGCUUUCGAGUUUGCUCUCUGCGCCUCCGAGGAUGUUGUCACCAUGGAGGUUCCUCUGCGGAUCGAUGGUGACGCCCUGCGGGUGCUGGUGUGCCAGCCUGAGGACACCCCAGCCGGGCACCAUCCGGGGCUGGGCACCUGCUAUCUGGAAGUGCCCUCUCCAGGGACCGACUUGGAGGACUGGACCAGCACCAUGGGUGUGAUGGAGCAGGGAGGUGGUGCAGCAUACCUGGUUCCAGGCAAAAUCCUCCAGCACCUGAAAGAGCUCCUUGUUUUGGCCAUCGUGCGCUGCCAACACCGCUUCCUGCUCCAGCCAGGUGACCUCACCGCUGAAUAUCUGCAGGAAGAUGCUAUGGAGCUCUCUCUGUUGAUCCGUAGCGGCUGGGGGAGACCACGCCCUGCACUGUCCUCCAAAAGGAGUCGGGAGCAGCCGCGCCGGCUCAAGGGACGGCAGAGCGACAGGGGCUUCCCUCAAGGCAGCCUCCGGAAGGCCACGGAAGAGGCCCACUUCGUCCCUGCCUCCCCCCUUUGCUGGAGAUCCUCCACUCACCUCCCUGUCCUGAAGCUGCUCCAGGCAGUGGACAUGCUGAAGGGACUCCAUCUGGACAGCCUUCUCCUGCUUGACCAGCUCCGCAGCCAGGACUGGGGAGAGGAGGCUGGGAAAGGUGGUCUCACCUUCAACCACCUGAAGCUCCGCUUCCAUUGUGGCCUCCCUGUGCGCGCUGACGGCUGGCAGGCAGACCCCAGCACCCAAGCCCUCCUGCAGCUCCCUGCCGAGGACGGGUCCUACUGGGACACAGCCUACUUUGAUGUUCUGCUCAGUCAGUUCCAGGUGUACCAGAUCCAGGAUGGUGUGCGUCGCUCAGCGAUGUCCCAGCUCCUCUCCAAGAUCCGUCGAGAAAUCCCCCAGCAGAGCUGA